AUGUGAUGCAACGCUGUGGCAAAGAUGCGCGCACUGUCUUCGUCAGUAUUUGAGAUCUGUCAACGGCAGCGCUGGCGACUCCAAUCCAUCUGGCGUUGUGGGCAAAUUGCUGUGUAAUAUCAGUAUAAAUGGAUUCACAAGCAAUCGGAAUGCCCAAAACCCUCUCUCCGCUCACUCCUUCGAUUCUGUUCACCCCCCCUUGCUUCGGCUUCCUGACAUUGAGAACUAGUUCUUCAUCAUAACUUAAUCUAUUAUCGUCUCGAAAUGUUCUUCUCUGCCAUCCUUGCGGCUGUCCUUCCCAUUGCUGCGCUGGGCGCCGAAAUAACGAUCCAAGUCGGCCCGAACAAUACCAACACGUACAGUCCCACAAACGUCACUGCCGCCGCGGGUGAUGUCCUCACGUUCGAGUUCGUGUCAGGAAACCACACCGUGACCCAGUCGUCCUUCAAGACGCCAUGCGACGAGCUUACGUUCGCCAACGGAUCGACGGGGCUUGACUCCGGGUUUUUGCCAGCAAACUCUAGUACGACGACGAUGCCGACCUAUAAGGUGCUGGUCAACGACACGACACCUCUUUGGUUCUACUGCCGUCAUCCUGGCCACUGCCAACAAGGAAUGGUCUUCGCCGUCAACCCCACCUCCAACGAAACGUUCGCUGAGUUCCAGGCUGCCGCGAAGGCAUCCAACGAGACGAGCACUAGCACUUCUACGACGCAGUCAUCUGGCUCGACGACGGCCACCAGCUCGUCUGCGUCAGCAACGUCUACGACCUCAAAGAGCAACGCAGGGGCAACGCGCCUUGGCAGUGCUGGUGCAAUGCUAAGUGCCAUUGGCGUGGUCGCGGCCUGGGUGCUGUGACUGGGUUAGCAAUAGCAAGCAGUAUAGGCUGACAUCCUCGGAGACAGUAGUACUUUCGACUUUCGAUAUUGCUUAUCAGUACUCUAAUGCGGAUGAUACUGUGACGCUUGAGCGCAUGAUCUUCUCCGGAGCUGCGAUAAACUGCAUUGGCC